GCGGUUUGGUGGUGGUGGCCUUGCGCAUUCACGCCAGACGCAGAGAUGCAGAUCUUCGUGAAAACCCUGAUGGGCAAGACCAUCACCCUCGAGUUUGACCCCAGUGACUCCAUUGAGAAUGUCAAAGCCAAAAAUCCAAGACAAGGAGGGGAUCCCCCUGACCAGCGGCAUCUGAUUUUUGCGAGCAAACAGCGGGAAGAUGGCCACACUCUGUCAGAUUACAAUAUCCAGAAAGAGUCCACCCUGCACUUGGUGCUUCGCCUCUGGGGUGGCAUCAUCGAGCCCUCCCUCCGCCAGCUGGCCCAGAAAUACAACUACAACCAGAUGAUCUGCUGCAAGUGUUAUGCUCCCCUGCACCCCCGUGCCGUCAACUGCCGCAAGAAGUGCGGCCACACCAACAACCUGUGCCCCAAAAAGAUCAAAUAA